UCAGGGCUCGGCGGGCCGCGACGCCAAGCUGCUCACGGCACCAUCGGGCUGCGCCAUGUCGUCGCCUCUGCCUCCUUGCGCUUGCGCGAGGCCCUUGGCGCGCUGAAGCUGGUUCCCCUCGUGGGGACGCGCCGUUGCGCGUGGUCAGUUGCAACCCGCUCACGUCGGGCAGGCGCCUUUGCGCCGAGGAGAUCAGCCAGGUACUGGAGCGCCGCGCGUGAUGGUGCUGCAGGGCACGCAGGUGAAGUGGCGUGGCGGCGGGGACGUCUCGAAGCAGACCUUGCCGGACCACGGCGCGCGCCACUGCGGCUGGGAGCGGGGCGGGCACACCGACGAGGCGUGCGAUGUCUCGGUCUUUUUCAAGACGGGGCUCAAGGUGCUGAAGUCGCUGUCGCCGCCACUGGGUUUGCGGGGGCGCGGCGGCGGCGCCGGCCUGAGGCGGGGCGCGCUGGUCAUCCUGGUGUUGGCCCUCUACGACGCGCUGGGCAUGGUCAAGCACGAGGCGGGGGUCUUCUCGCCGCCCUCUGAGGUGAGCGGGCUUGCCGAGCCCGCGCUGAUGCGCCAGUCGGGCACGGCGAGCGAGCAGCUCUGCGAGGAGGGUGGGCUCGCCACGGUCAACGCCGUCCUCGAGUGCUCUGCCUUCUCGUGGCCAGCCGUGGUCGCGUUGCCCCGCGAGCUCAUGCCGAGCGUCGAGGGCCGCAAGCCGCUCUACGCGAUCGGCGACAGGCUGCGAGCCAUUCGAGCCCUUAACAGGAGGGACCACACCAAGCUGUGGGUGAUGUGGGGCAUGGACGCGUGCAUGCUGGCACUGAGGCGGCACCUGGGCAAGCUGGAGUUCUUGACGGAGCUGGAGCACAAGUGCGAGAACAUGGUUCGUCCUCCUUUUGAUGAGGAGCAGGGUUCCGACAAGGCAUGGGACGUGCUGGGGGAGGUGAUGCGCGAGGAAGGCCUGGCGCACUUCGGCCUCAGGGAUGAGCUCGAAGGGACGGGGGGCCGCCCUGGCGCGCAUGGUGCCCUCGCACGACCUCCAGUUCGGCGACCUCGUGGCGGCUUGCUACAUCACGGCCAAGGUUCCUCUCGGCAGCGGCGUGAUCAAGAACGUGGAGGACGCGGGCAAGGCUUACAGCAACAUGUGGCGCGGCAAGUGCCCCGCGCAGCAUGGCCCGGGUCCGCCGUUGUGGAGGCGGCGGUGCGCUCCCUGGCCAACGCGACGGACAUGGCGGGCUCCGACUUCGAGGGGCCAGUAGAGGCGUUCCACGUUCGGGUCUGCGAGCGGGGCUUCUUCAAGUACUUCAAGUUCAAGGACAUGUACGGCAAGAAGCACAAACGCGUGUGCGUGGCGAUCGGGAUGGCCGAGGUCGCGGCCACGUUCAAGAAGACUUUCAAGAUCGGCGGCCCUGGGCACCGCGCCGACAGGCGGGCCCCAUCGGAGUCGUCAGGGGUGGUUGGGGCCAGCGAUGAUGGACGUGACCCUCUGGCUGGUGGGCGGGCGCGGCGGGCGGGCCACUGAGGAGCGGCCCGCGCCCGCGCCUGCGGAGGCGCGCCGUCGGGGCGCCUCGCCCCCGCCCGCCCUUCGGCUGGGGCGC